CACUCUGCUGUCACAUGUUCUUGCUGAGAGCUUUGAGUUUGAGCAGAGCUAGCUAGCUGUACGGUCUACAAUAUUAAAUACAGGAGACAUCCUCAAAAUGAGCAUCAUGAAGUUUUUUGGAGACCCCAUUUCUCCAGUUUGUCGCUCUGUAAUGCUGUUCUUGGCUGCAAACGACAUUCAACAUGAGUUUGUGCUCAUUGACUUGAAAAACAGGGACACUGUGAAUAAUGAAGCGUUUGCUGCGAUCAACCCCAACCAGAGGAUACCUGUGAUCGAUGACAAUGGCUUCAUUCUAACAGAGAGCUCUGCAAUUCUCCGCUAUCUGGCUGUCAAGCACAAGGUGGCAGACCACUGGUACCCGACUGCUCUACAAGACAGGGCCAGAGUGGACGAAGCUCUCUCCUUCUUCCCUCAGAACAUCCGUAAUGGCUGCUUCUUCCAUACUUGCAUCCUCCCAUUAAGGACGGGCAAGCCAAGAGAUGAAGUGAGGUGUGCUGAACUACGUGCCAGCUUGAAAUUAGCCCUUGAUUUCACCGAAAACUCUCUACUUAAAGGCAAAAAGUUUAUCGGAGGAGACAACAUCUCGAUAGCUGACCUUCAAUACCUGGGUGAGAUCACUCAAUACUUGAUAUCCCAUAAUGAAAUCUACAAGGGACGACCAAACAUGGAGCAAUGGAUGCAGGACUGUGAGAGCACACUGGCCCCUCAUUUUGACAAGGUGUUCUUUAAACUUAGGAAUGUGCAAGCAUCUGGACACCUCAAGGCAGAGAUCGAUGUUAGCCCUUGAGCCCUUGAAACUGAAAAACUGAAACACUUACUUUUAACUAGUAUGGAUGAUUUUGUAUUGAUUUUAAUGGUCCACAAAAUGUUGUUACAUGCAAAAA